GCUAGGUUCUGGGCUGAUUUUAUUGAUAAAAAGGUGCAAGAAGCUGGGAGUGAGUUAUGGGCCUCAAAGGUAGAUCAACAGGAGAAGGCCCGGAAGGAAUUGAAGGAAAGGUUGAAGCAACUAGAAGAGGUUCUUGGAGACAAGCCAUAUUUUGGGGGUGACUCAUUUGGGUUUCUUAAUGUUGCUUUAAUCCCUUUCCAUCAAUGCUUUUAUGCUUAUGAGACAGUGGGUAGAUUCAAAUUGGACUGUCCCAAACUCAUAGCAUGGGCCAAGAGAUGUUUGCAGAGGGAAAGUGUAUCCACAUCCCUUGCUAGUGAAAAGGACAUCUAUGAGUUUAUUUUGGACUAUAGGAAAACUCAUGGGUUGGACUAGGAGACAUCAUGGGAUACAAACUUGAGCAUGAAUUAUACGUAGUAAGAACUAAGGAAUAUGUGGAAUCUAUUAAAGAUCAACUAAUUGAUAAGAAAUUUUAUCUUUAAAUUUUAUUAUUGUUAUUUUACAAGAGAAUGUGUUUGUACCAAAUAAAUUAGGAAUAUAUGUGUUUGCACUUUUAUUUUUUAUUUUCA